GGCAGAAAGACAAAGUUUUCUUCUCCAAUUCCACACGAGCUGUAGGCUCAUGUAUGACGGAGCUGGACAGCUGGGUGACCGACUGCAGGAAGCGUCUCUGCUGCAGCUGUUAGCCAAAGUGACUCCACAGUCUGUGAUGGAAACACCAGAAGCCUGCUCGCUUUACUGGAGGAAGUCCAGCUCUCCUCCGGGUCUGCUGGCUGCAACUUCUCGUCGACACACCACUUCAGAGUGUUUCGGACUGGAUACGAAAAGCAGCACAACAUGGCUCUCCUGCAAUUUCUACCGCUGUUUCUUCACGUGUGCCUCCUCAGCUGGAGCGCGUGGGCCAAGGUGGAGCUGACUAUGCAUGAGAGUGUUGAGGUGUACCUGGGUGACUCGGCUAAGAUCGCCUGCCAGUACAGCUUCACUGACGCCAGCAGCGAGCCCAGCUUUGUCAUGAUCCAGUGGUUUGUGAGAGCUGUGGGUAACAGCUCGCGGAUGAGGAUCUUCUACGGUGACGGCAGUCAGCAGACGGUGGACAACAACACGGACUACACCGGUCGCAUCGAGGUGACUUCAGACCAGCAGGGAACUCAACUCAUCAUCCAGGAUGUGCAGCUUCAUGACGAGAGGGAAUUCUUCUGCCAGGUUAACGGGCUGGCUGCCGGGAACGCCGAGGGCAAGACUCACCUCAGAGUGUUUGCUCCUCCAGAGGCUCCAGUGAUCGAGGGAGUCCUGAGUGGAAUAUCUGUGACGAAUGAGGUGCCAUCUAAGGUUGCAUCAUGUGAGGCUCGGAACGGCUUCCCAAAACCCAACAUCACCUGGUACAAGAACAACACGCCGCUGAUGUCUGCACCAGGACAUGUGAACGUGCUGAUCCUGGUGACACGAGAGUCCAGCGGCUUCUACUCCGUCCAGAGCACACUGGAGUACAAGGUGAUGAAGGACGACAAGGAUGCCCAUUUCUCCUGUGAGGUCAGCUUUUUUGUCCCGGGAGCCAUCAGGACAGUGGAGUCCAACAGCAUCAACAUCACUGUUCACUACCCCACCACCAUGGUGGAGCUGUGGAAGGAGUCGCCCCAGGGCUUGGUCAAAGAGGGGGAUACUGUGGAGCUGCGUUGCCAGGGUGAUGGCAACCCCCCGCCGCCCUUCAUUUUCAACAGAGAACAAGAGCCGGAUGUGGAAUUGGAGAGCAGCGGCGAUGUGUUGAUGCUGCCACCAGUGUCACGUAAAGACAGCGGCAUCUACCAGUGUCGCCCGCUGGACAUCGACAGCCACUCUGAUGUCAAAGGAGAAAUGCAGCUCACUGUGCACUAUUUGGAUCCAGCUGUGGUUGUACCUAAAGACUCAGAAGUUAUGCUCAAAGGAGAAGAUCUGACUGCAACCUGCAACGCUCUGUCCUCCCUGAAAACAUCCACUGCCUGGUACAAGGAUGGAAAGCAGGUGGGUACGGGGAACACAUUGCACCUGACAGACGCCAACUACGACACAUCAGGAGAGUACAUAUGUGAGGUGACCGUUCCCUCCCUGCCCGCCCUGCACACCAGCGGCUCUGUCCACAUCAUCGUCCAAGGUGGUCCCCAGCUGGUAGGAGCGGAGCAGGAGGUGCAGCUGACGGAGGCGACAGGAAGGAUGGUGAACCUGAGCUGUGAGGUUCAGGGUCAUCCACAGCCCAGCAUCUCCUGGAACAUCAUCGGCAGCCAGAACUGGCAAGAAGUGGUGAACAAGGCCACCGAGCACAUGACCCACAGCGUGGUGUCAGUCAAAGUCACCUCGGACAUCAGCGCUGUGUGCAACGCUUCCAAUGACAUGGGCACCGAAGUGAAGGCUUUCAGCAUCAAAGCUAUUCCCAGAGUCACCUCGGCUGCUCCCUUCUCUCCCGCUGAGGGCAGUGGGGUGAUCAUCGUGGUGAUCAUACUGUGUCUGCUGCUGCUGGCCGUCCUCGGCAGCGUUCUCUACUUCCUGCAUAAGAAGGGGAAGAUCCCCUGUGGACGCUCAGGGAAACAGGAGAUCAGCACCAAAGAGAAGACCACCAAAGACGACAUUGUCGUGGAGAUGAAGACCAACACAAAGAAUGAGGAAGCCGUCCUCCUAAAGGCUGUCAACGGAGACAAAAAGGGCCCUAAUGACCAGUAAAGUCCCUGACGGUCCAGCAGUAAUGCUGCACAGCAGGAGGCAGGACACAUGAAGCCAGCAGUCCGUCAGUGUGUGUGACGCUCCCACUGAUCUGAGACCUGCAGGGUAACACCACCUCACAGUCCGGACAUUCCCCCAUCAUGCUUUGUUCUCAGCAGUAUUCAGUAGAUUUACACAGGAACACAUACACAAAUUACACACACUCAAACACACAGGUAUGUAUGUACAGAUGUGUAUUUUCUUUCGAAUGAAUGUUUGCUUCCUCGACAUUCAGUUUUUGUUUGUACUGUUUCCUCAAACUGUGCUCAGCUCUCAGCUGUUGUUCUGUGUGCGUACGAUGGUGUCUCACGUGCACCGUCACCUUGUUUUUUUUUCAAUGAAAGUGUAUAUAUUAUAUAUAUUUUGUUAUUUAAGAUAUUUUGGCACUCAGAUUUUCAUUUCAUGGUAGCGUCUGGGGUCAUGUGCAUGUUGAUCCCUGUUCAUGGGUCCAGGUGAGUUUUGAGACGGGACACAAUGUCAGAGACCAAACGCCGGCUGCUCCUCUGUGGCGGCUCCUUACUGUCGGUUCAGUCACACUGAGAGAAGGCUUGUCAGUGUGUCUGCUUCACUUUGAUAUUUGAUUGACGCUAAUGUUUGUAUUUUGAAAUUCACCAAAUGCUGAAAAAUGGGGCGUUUCCUCCAAAACUGAUGUCUUAUCUGGUUGGGAAAAUGCUUGAAACGCAGGAUAAUCAUAAAAUCACUUGGACACACUGGCAACCUUCUUUAGCAAACUGCUGUCAAGCCCUUGUACUGUUUGUAAAUAGGUGUAGUGUACAGACCUGCUAGUGGUGGCCUUGGACUGUAACUGAAGGUGAAAAGGUCAAAGGUUAGUGAUCUGCUGUGCCUGUUUUUGCAUCAUACACUGAAUUUGUUUUGUUUCUUUGGUUUGCUCUGUGUGUUUUCUUUGUUUUCACUGAGAGCUCGUUGGGCCCGAAGAAGCGCUCCAGUGUUUGUGUAUGUUUUGAUGUUUACUACUUACGAAACACACGCCGUACUGCUGACCGCUCUGUUUCUAGAGUCGAUGUUUCAGUUAAGUUUUGCUCAGUUUGAGAAGCAGCUGGCAGACUGUUGCAACUUGCUUCACUCAGAUAAUCCAUCACAGGAAACAUUUAGUCUUCUACUCAAAGUUUAAGUAUUCCAGCCACGAUGAUUUACUGCAGAUUGAUUUGAAAAGUCUGCUCUGCAUAAAUCUAUCAUGAAUCUUUAACAACAACACAAAAACACACGGAUGUUCUUCUCUGUGAAGGAUUACUGAACUCAAGCAAGUGAACUGAAUUAACAGCAGCAGCUGCAGAAGGUCAAAACAUCGAAUGUCUUUCUACAGUUUCCCCUCAGUUUGUCGUGUAUUAUCACUACAUUCGAUUAGUGAAACAUUGAAGUCACAGCUAAACAUCUGGGAUUUUUGUAGUUUUUAAAAAGAGAAAUCAGCUUGUUAACAUGCUAAUAUUUCAGGGUUCCACUCAAAAACAAUAUAAUAAUUGUAAAAUAUCAUAAUAUAAUUUGACAUACAGCAUAAGAUUAGAUGAUAGAAACCUUUAGUAAAAAAAAAAGCCAAAAAAAAAAGUAAAAGGAAAAUAAAAACCACCAAAAAAGGUUCCAUUACAAAGUAAGAUUCACAUUAUCUUACAUUAUUCCACCCCCACAACACAACACAAAGAGUUGCAUCUUGGAAAAAAAUAUUUUAAAAUCUUUCAUAUUGUGUACCUUUUUUUUGAGAUCUUUUAGUCUUUCGAGAUUCUUAAAAUAUUUUCAGUAAAUGUUUUAAAAGUAAAAACAGCUAUUAGAAUGUAAUGAUAAUAGAUGAGAGGCACAAACUGGAGCUAAUUUAAAGGAUGCUUAGGAAAAAACAGUGUAUUUAUAGGCUAGUAAAUCAUCUGAAACAUGCAUGAACACUGGUAGCGCUCCCUUCACGGCCCCUGUUGUGAAUAUGAUGUAUACUGAUUGCUCACCGUGUAGGUUUUUGUGAAAAGAGACAUUUUGUUGCUGAGAGCGCUACAUUUGCCCAGAUGACUUGCAACAUUAACAAAGUAGUGAUAUGUUUUCUGUUUUCUUAUUUUUAACCACUGCGCUGAAGUUGUAUAAAUAUCCAGGUACAGGACGUCCUCAGGCAAGAAGUGUCCUCGUGUGCAGGACGACGCUGUCAUUAAUGGUCAGAGAAGCUGCACAAAGCCAUAACACCGACCGCCUGUGCAGUCAAGCAUCUCUGAUUUGACCCGUUAAUCUGCACCUCGUCUUUUCGGUUGAAGUUUAAACUUUAAAUACACUUUUUGUUUGUUCUGGAUUUUUCAUCAGUGGGAAAACAAGUUAACUGAACAUUAUGUUCUGUUUUUUUUUCUAAAUGUGUGUAAAUUAAGUACUGUACAUGUGAUUCUUUGAUG